UGUGUGCGCCUUGGCAUCGGAACGGGCAAAACGAUGGCGUUCUUCUUUAACUUUGUCGCCAUCAGCUUCUUCCUGUACCACCUGGUGCGGCUGAUAAUGUGGGCCGUGCUGGAUUCGGACAUCGAACUGUUCUUUCUCUCCAAAUUGGGCAGACCCAUCUCCUCACUUCGGGGGAAAGUGGUAUGGAUUACUGGAGCAUCCAGCGGCAUCGGGCGCGAUCUGGCCAUUGCACUGGCCCGGCAAGGUGUUAAACUGUGCAUUUCCGCACGUAACAUUUCCGAACUGCUGAAGGUGAAGCAAGCUUGUAUAGCACAAUCAAACGGAAGUCUCGGGCCGAACGAUGUGUACGUGCUAGAGAUGGAUAUGCUCCAUCUGAACCACCACAACGAUUACUUCAACAUGGUGCUGGACCACUUCAAAACGGUCGAUAUUCUGGUGAACAAUGCGGGACGCUCGCAGCGGGCCGAGUGGGGCUCGAUCAACAUCAAGGUCGACCGGGAGCUGUUUGAGCUGGAUGUGUUUGCUGUGAUUAAUCUGUCCCGUGUGGCGCUCAACUUUUUCGCCCGCAACUCGAUGAAGGGCCACCUGGUGGUGACGAGCAGUACGGCGGGCCUUAUCGGGGCCCCGAACUCCGGUACCUACACCGGUGCCAAGCAUGCGCUCCAUGUAAGUGCAACUACUUUUCUGCACGACGGCUGCUUCACCGAUACUCCCGGCGCAAAAUACAACCAAACCGUGCAGCCGACCGAUCGGCGUAUGACAAGCGAACGAUGCGGUCAUCUGUACGCAUUGGCCAUUGCCAACAAGACCCACCUGAGCUGGGUCGGAACGUUCCCGAUCAACUUUCUGCUGUACAUUGGCUGCUACUACCCGAACUUGAAGCGAGUCCUGCUGAAAAUUGUUGGCAUGGAGCGUUUGCAGCGUGUUCGCGACAGCCGGUAAAUUGGCGCUAAUUAAUUGAAAUAAAGCAGAAAAAGCCUACUGUGUUGUAGCAAAACAGCUCACACACACAUACACCGGGCAGCGGGACAUGGAGCGGCCACCCAAUGUUUUACAUUCCAAAGUGCCUAAUACACGCGUAACUCUCACGUGUCCUACGUUCAUACAGCAUCAACUUCGCCGCAUCCAAUCCACACACACACGUUUCCAGAACGAAGCAGCAUUUUACUGGUCAAUUAUUUAAAGUGUUUUUUUCUAUCUUUCUUUAGUACAAUUUACACUAUCAUUCUCGUUUACCACGAUAUUAGCGGAUGUGUUGUCUUUUUUCUACUUAAAUUAUUUAAGCACUAUUAUUAACUUUUUCUUGUAAUCGUGCAUCGCAUUUAGGUUGUAGCAUUAUAAUUUUUACAUGUUUUUUUUUGUUUUGUUGUAAAGUACCGCUUACACAAUGCUUUUAGAUGAAAUUAUUUAAUAAAGUUAUGCUCUUGUUUCUCGACAGAGUUCCACCACACA